GGGCCGACGGGGGUGAAAGCACGAGCUCUUUCGAUGCCGGCCGCGCUAGCACCAAUUUGAGUCAAUAUGGCAACCGCGAACUCUCGAUGACUCCCUAUGUUUCUCGUACGGGAUCUCUCGUGGAAACCCUGGUCGACGCGACGUCCGAUGUCGAUACUCAUAUGUCAGAAGGCAUGCCAUGUCCAGAGGGCUCGCAGGACGCCAUUCUAAUACCGGGCAGCUUAUCACAUCGAUUCCGUAGUGUCUUCGGAACGACACACCGCACAAACCCUCCAUCACGACCUGCGUCGGCAUGGGCAGAAGUUGCCUCAGUGACAGCGUCACUGGUGGAUAGCCCGGUAUCGCGAAGCCCACUAUCGCGCCCGCUCGAUGCAAAUGCUUUGACCUCGGAGAAUACGAUGCCCAAUUCUCCGUCAUCCCCCGUGCGAUACGCGGACCUACACUCAUUAACCCUUUCCGGGGUUGCUCAACCUACGGAUCCCUCCCCUGCUUGGUCACCUAUCUCGCCAUCGUCAGGGAACCGUGGCUCUGGCGUAUGGCAUCCGAUAUCCUUUGUUCAUACUCCCACUGCGCUAGCUGGCGCGCAGGAGCACCUUCCCGAGAAGCAGGACUUCGAGGCUGCAGAGCCGCACACUCCCGCUCAGUCUCCCACAAUACAGAUGCCGCCGAUUGCUUUCGACGCCAAUCUUCUCUCCUCGGUGGCUCGGCAUUCGCUCCGGCGGGCGGAAGACGGUGGCAUCAGUUUAUCUGGUGGGCCACCCCGUUUGCCAAACACUCAUUCGGCAGAUUCACCUUCCAUCUUGGGCUCUCUUGGCGGAGGAAGUUAUCAGACGCUUCCUCCUGCAUAUGGGGCGUAUUGACUCAACAGGCGUCAGACGAGCUGCUCCAGUGGUACGUCGCUCGCCCACUGGCGAAUACUCUCUGCGCUAUCUCGACU